AUGUUGCCUCCGAGAAGUUGUGUUGGGAAAAAUUUCCACUCCAGUCACGCCGCUUCCCCCUACACCCGGAAGAUUGGCCUUCCCAGAGGAACUCCCACACGGGGAGGGGCUGCCGAACUGAGUGGGAGUGACGUAGCGCGUGAGUGUCGGUCACGUGGCUCGAGGCGGCGCAGGCUCCUUCCGGCUCCCCGGGGCCGAGCCGCGGCGACGAGCGAGCCGCCCUGGCACAUGCGCAGUGGGGCUCCACGUGAACGUCUGCGUUUCUCCUCAGACCUGAGGAUGCCGCCCGAACGCAGGAGCCGGACCAAAGGAGACCGGAGAGCCGGCGCAAUGCCGAGGAGGAAAGCCAGACCCGGGAGCGGCAGCACGCCCGGAAAGGCCGCCCGUUCAUCCCAACGGACACUGCCGGCCGGGCCGAAGGCGGCCCCUAGCGCGAUAUCUGCGGCGGAGGCGGAGGAGGAGAGCCGGCUUCGGCAGCGGAACCGCCUGAUGCUCGAGAACGACAAGCCGGCUGCUGAGCGCUGCCUGGAGCAGCUUGUCUUCGGCGACGUCGAGGAUGACGAGGACGCGCUGCUGCGGCGGCUGCGGAGCUCGCGGGGUCAGCUGCAUGGAAGCUCAGAUGACUCGGAGGUGGAGGAGGAAGCAGUAGAUAAUCUUUCUCAGAAGAAGCCAGUUUGGGUGGAUGAAGACGAUGAAGAUGAGGAAAUAGUUGACAUGAUGAACAAUCGGUUUCGGAAAGAUAUGAUGAAAAAUGCCAGCGAAAGUAAACUUUCAAAAGAUAAACUUCAAAAGAGACUUAAAGAAGAAUUCCAGCAUGCCAUGGGAGGAGUACCAGACUGGGCAGAGCCUGGGAGCAAGCGGAAGACAUCUUCAGAUGAUGAAAGUGAAGAGGAUGAAGAUGAUUUGUUGCAAAGGACUGGGAAUUUCAUAUCCACAUCCACUUCUCUUCCAAGAGGAAUCUUGAAGAUGAAGAACUGCAGGCCUGCCAAUGCUGAACGUCCUACCACUGCUCGGAUCUCAUCAGUACAGUUCCAUCCUGGUGCGCAGGUGGUGAUGGUCUCUGGGGUAGAUCAUGCUAUCUCACUGUUUCAGGUUGAUGGCAAAACAAACCCUAAAAUCCAGAGCAUCUAUUUGGAAAAGUUUCCAAUCUUUAAGGCUUGUUUCAGUGCUAAUGGAGAAGAGGUUUUAGCCACAAGUAUGCACAGCAAGGUUAUUUAUGUCUAUGAUAUGAUAGCUGGGAAGUUAAUUCCUGUACAUCAAGUGAGAGGUUUGAAAGAGAAAAUAGUGAAACGAUUUGAAGUCUCCCCAGAUGGAUCCUUCUUGCUCAUAAGUGGCAUUGCUGGGUUUUCUCAUUUGCUAUCAAUGAAGACCAAAGAGCUGAUAGGUAGCAUGAAGAUUAAUGGAAGAAUUUCAGCAUCCACAUUCUCCUCAGAUAGUAAGAGGAUAUAUACCUCUUCUGGGAAUGGAGAAGUUUAUGUGUGGGAUGUGAAUUCAAGGAAGUGCAUUAACCGAUUUCUUGAUGAAGGCAGUUUAUGUGGAUUAAGCAUUGCCGCAUCAAAGAAUGGACAGUAUGUGGCUUGUGGUUCUAAGAGUGGAGUGGUAAACAUAUACAAUCAAGAUUCCUGCCUCCAACAAACAAACCCAAAGCCAAUAAAAGCAAUAAUGAACCUGGUUACGGGUGUCACUUCCUUGGCCUUCAACCCUACCACAGAAAUCUUGGCAGUGGCGUCAAGAAAAAUGAAAGAAGCUGUCAGAUUGGUUCAUCUUCCUUCCUGUACAGUAUUUUCUAACUUUCCAGUUUAUAAGAAGAGUUCUCUUUCUCGUGUUCAGACCAUGGAUUUUUCUCCCAGAGGUGGAUACUUUGCCUUAGGGAAUGAGCAAGGCAGGGCCCUGCUGUAUAGGUGAGUAUUACUUCUAUGUAAGAGUCCGGUGUCUUAACAAACUGCUUUUGAGUGUGAAGAGUGUGCAUUCUCCAUUUUACAGUUAUGUAAGGAAUUUUUUCUUUUAGUUAUUGCAUGUUCAAGCCUGACCCUCAUUAUCUAGCUGCAUUAUCCUCCUAUAAAUGUGUCACUGGCAGAAAAAUUGACAGUAGGAGUAAAAACUGUGUGUGUAUGUUGUAUAAUAAUUAUUGUUUUCCCCAGUAAACUUUGAUUUUUUUUAGAAUGCCAAUCAAAGAAAACACGUUAGCAAUACUGUUUGGUAGUUUGAGAGAUUGACUUCUGCUGAGUUGACAGCCACUUUUAAUCUACUGGAUUUAAGUGAAUUGAAGAAAAGAAAAGAAAAAGAUUUUCUGUCCUUGGAGCUGUAAGCUAUAAAUAAGGGUGUUAGUCACAAAGAGAUCCAAAAAUUAGGUCAUCUAUCUGUGUUUCUCUUCUUUACCCAUUGCUAAAAUAGACAGCCUGACAGGUGGAUCUCCAAGAACUGAAACUUUGAGUGGGAGCCUGUCCUGACGUGACAGCCCCUUUCCUUGAGUCAGGUGCGAGUGCUCCAGGGGGUGCUGCAGGCCGCAGGGAAAGAGGAAUGGAGAUUGGUUUUACAGAUGGUUAUGAAAUGAAGAUACAGCAGACUAUGGGUUCUAUUAUGAAAUGAGAAUGAAUUAUAUACCAGGGUAAUUAUGUCAGUCUCACUUCAGAUAGUUUGGGAUUGAAUGCAGAUUUUACUAAAAAGAGGAGGAGCUCUGAGAAAGCUUGUUUGUUGUUUUAGAACUGAACUGAUCUUUAAGCCCCAGAAGCAUUUCGUUUUUCAAAUUGUGCUCUAGAGUGAAACUGUCCUCGCUGUGCUAGGGAUUUGCAUUGACAGCACUUGGAGUUAGUGUGGCCGAUGAGGGGUAUUUUGUCAGUCCCAGUUUGAUCCUUUGGAGCCGACAUAGAGUUUAUGACAUAGGAUCUAAACACAUCUGCUUGUUGAAAAUGACUGGACUGGAAAAUGACAUCCCCACCUC